UUUGCUCCGCUGCUCAUCUGCUUAAAAGCUAGUAUUAGGCUGUUACCUUGACGUAACUUGAUUAUCUUUCAGCGUUAAAAUGUUUGAAGUUAAGUACAAUGUAGUUUCUGGAGCUCUACCGCUGUUGCACCGGAAUAUAUUUGAGGAAAAUGGGAUACGCUGAGUGUAACAUUAACAUGGAAUCGAGAACAGGAAGUGUAUCAUCUGGACUGGGGAGCAGCUCUGGUGUGAGAGGACAGACUUUGAAAAGUAGCCCUUUCUGCCCUCGCUCCUCUAGUAAGCUGACACAGUCCAUCAUUAAAGACCACAUGGUGUCACAUUACAAAAAGGUUUACUCAGCUAAAGCUGCCAUUGAUGCCUCAGUACCCAAAAGCUUGAUACUUAGUGUAAAGUAUAAUGAUCAGAUCAGACAGGAGCGGUUGAGGAAAAGGGGACAUCCUCAGUCAGCCCACUCUCUCUCACAGAGAAACAGCAGAGCCUCUAGCUCCUCAGCCCAGAGUAGAUUAUCCAUGCAGUACGAUGAUAGCCCCUACCCGUGCUCACGGAGUUCUACAGCCUCCAGCCCAGGGUUCAAUUCCUCCUUUCAUGCAAAGGAGAUUGUUUAUCCAUCAUAUAAAGUCAGCUCUCAGAACCAUUCUCAUCACGUUCGCCCAGUAUCAGAAAUUAAGUACCGGAGCCCUGAGGCAACUUCACACAGAAAGCAGUCAGCGUGGUCACUGGGAGCUUCGGGAGACCAUAGUUGCUACAAGACUUUCCAGGACCCGGUUCAGAAGACGUACAGUGGGGACUUGCUCCAGAAACACUCACAGCGCUUUACCCAAGACAAACCUUUCACCCCAAAGACCCUGAAAUCAGAGAAGAGUUCAUAUCUGUCACAAUAUCGCUACUACAGAGCACCUCGGAGGAAACCUACUCAGGAGAGCACCAACUCGAUACUGACACGACAAGAGACGUAUCAUGGAAGCACAAAGAACAAGGAAGACACGAGGGAAUUUUAUGAGCCAUCUCAGGGAUUUAACACAGAGCAUGAGUGGUCUGAAGAUGAACUCAAUGGCACAUAUUUCUCAGCAUCUAGACAACAGAGUCGAGCAAACAGGAGCAAAAACCAUGAUUUCUUUGAAUCCUCAUCCAGGGACUCACCAGAAGGUGGGAAAUCUCCCAUUAUGAAGAGUGUAUCUGCAGAGGAAGAAGAAUUAAUGUACCUCGAAUUCAUUUCUGCUGUAACAGAGGAUAUCUUGUCCAGGGGGCACAUCUCUGACAGGUUCCUCGAUCGGGUGAUGAAGCGCCAUAUUGACAUGAAUCGACAUCGGCUUGAUGUUGGUAAAAUGCGCCACCUUCUGGAUGUGCUACGUAAAGAUUUUGAAGAGCCACCCAACACACCCACCUCCAGUAAAGAGCCUGAAAAAAGGGAGAAUGAUCUGCUUGAUCCAUUCCUACCCCAUCUAGAUUCAGAUGGGCAUCAAGUGAAGACCAAAGAAGAAAAUGACGUGUUCUCUUAUGCCUCACUAAUUAAAUACUGCGAUUCCCCAAAUUAUGCUGAUCCUCUGGCUGUGUCCACACCCUUACACUCUCCUGAAACGACUGCUGCCUCACCAACUCACGCAAAUGAAAAGGAAGGAGAGGACAUGAAUCAGGAAAAGGGCAUUAGCUCUCCUCGACUCAGUGAGCAUGUUUCAGAUAAUACAGGAAUCAGUGAAGAGGAUCAUCAAAAUCAAAUUGGCACAACUGAGACAAACGAGGUCAGCACUGAAAGUCAUGAAUACACCACUAUAACCAGUGACAAAGGAGACCAAGAUGAAGUCAUUAAUGAUGGAUUGUCUAAAGAGCUUGAGGAUCUGGGGAAAAGUUUGUCAGAGACACUUCAUGUGUCCAGCAGCACACAGCACAACAAUGUGGAAACUGCUGCUGAGCAACAUACAAAAAUAGUUGCUUCUGUCAGUGAUGAUGACUUCUGAAUUUUGCAGGGAUUGACUGUGCUUCAAUGUAUUUUGUUACCAUGUUAGUGUUUUUAUCAGAGAGAAAUGUUAUAUUUGAAAUCCUGAAGAGUAUAGUUUUGUAAAUGUGAUUUUACACUGGUUUGUACUGCGUGUUUUUUUUACAGACAUUAUCAAUGUUUUGUUGUAGUUCGAUUCUGCUUUCUUUUAGUCUUUUUACAAAAGCAUAUGACAUUUUAUUAUAAGCAAACAGGGUUUUGCGAGUAGACUAGAGAUUCCUUUGAUUAGGAAAUUUGCAAAGGACAGUCCAUAGCACUUCACCGAAGUCAGGAGUGUGGAAUUAGUUAGAGUGGAUUGCAAAGAGUGUCCCCUGUCAGUCUUAACUACGGUGUUGUUCCAAUUUACAUUUUCAGAUUUCAAGAAAACACUUUUGCAAAUAUUUAUUCAAAACUUCUACAUUUUUUGAGUGUGUUUGACUUUAUAUGCCUCUGAGAUGUAGCAACUAGGAGUUGACUGUCACCAGCAAGUGUCU